AUGACCUGCAAAAUCCCGAAUUAUAAAGAACAAGCUGGAUUCGAGCUCAAAGAGAAGGAAAUACAUGCAUACAUGCACAACGGAAAAGACGGAGGAGCCACACUGGCUUACGCUUUUAAGCCAAUCGGAUUGCUUGAACUAUAUGCCUGGAAUCGGAAUGAUCGCAUCGUUGAAAUGAGCUCAAACAUAUAA